AUGCAAACCAUAAAGGAUACACUGGCCGAGAACUUUGGUGGGCCGGUUUCAAAGUUGGGUUCGCGGCAAUUCAAGCUCGAUGAGUGUCCGGAUCUAUCUGAUAAAGUGGCCGUCGUGACCGGAGGUAGCGAGGGCAUUGGGUUUGGUGUUACUUACACCCUGCUGAAGCACAAUAUUUCCAAACUCUACAUCCUCUCCGUCUCCAAGGAGGUUGUUGAGGGUGCCAAGGAUGUCAUGGCCAAGGAACUCGGCCAAGACAAAGCAGAUCGUACGGUUUGGAUCCAGUGCGACCUGGCCAACUGGAUGAGAGUCAAGGAGGUCGCCGAGAACAUCAAGCGCGACGCGCCGCGGCUCGACAUCCUGGUCAACAACGCCGGAAGGGGUAUCAUGCCGGCCGAGAUGACAUCGUACGGGGUUGACCGGCACAUGGCGGUCAACCACAUGGGCCAUGUGAUCCUGACGAGCCAUCUGCUGCCGCUGAUGAAGCGGACAGCAGAAAAUGGGGCCAUUGUCCGGAUCAGCAACCAGUCGAGCAACCUGCACCAGAAGGCACCCAGCGACACCAAGUUUGCGACUCUGGAGGAGAUCAACCGAGAUCUGGGACCGAAUGGGCAGUACGCCCGGAGCAAGCUGGCAGCCAUUCUGUACGCGCGAUAUUUCACCCGCAAAGUGACAAGAAACGGCUUUCCAAACUUGCUCAUGAACGCGACGCACCCGGGUUUCGUGAGCUCGAAGCAGAGCAGAACCGACAUUUUCGAUGCGUUUCCCCUGGCUGGAUAUGCCAUGUCUCAUGGCAUUGAGCCUUUCAAAAAGGACCAAUUUGAGGGCGCUGUUCCGACCGUCUACGCGGUGACAACGACAGAGGAGUCGGGCCAGUAUAUUUGCCCGCCCGCCAUUCCCGAGCCUGGAAGCGAGUUAGCGCAAAGCGAUGAAUUGGCGGACAGUUUGAUGGAGCUCACCAGGAAGGUCAUCAGCGAGAAGACGGGAGCCCCGUUUGACGACCUUGCGGUCAAUGACUGA